AAAAUAUAAAGCACGUGACUUUUUUUAGGAAACCGUCCAAUAAUUUGCUUCGACACGAAAUCGUUACGGAUUUGAAUUGGUCGCCAUUAUUUGACAGUGUUGACAACAACGAGAAAAUAUUCCCGGUUAUUUUCAGCUUGACACAGGUGUGGUAACCAUGGAAGCAAAACGGGUAUUAAAACCAGUCAAUACAUCCCAACAUGGACAUGAUGCCGUGAGGAAACCUAUAGCUGAUCGAAGUGAUGAUACUGAAAAUAUGGGAGAUAAUUCGUCAGAAGGCUUAAGGACAAAAUGGUCUUUAGACGAUUUUGAUAUUGGGAAGCCAUUAGGUAAAGGAAAGUUUGGAAAUGUUUAUUUAGCAAGAGAAAAGAAAAGUAAAUAUAUCGUCGCCUUGAAGGUUUUGUUUAAGUCACAACUACAGAAAUCAAGUGUUGAACAUCAGUUGCGUCGAGAGAUAGAAAUACAAUCUCAUUUACGACAUCCCAACAUCUUGCGAUUAUUUGGGUAUUUUCACGAUAAGACUCGGGUAUAUUUAAUACUAGAGUACGCACCUAAAGGAGAAUUAUAUAAAGAAUUACAGAGAUGUACAAAAUUUGAAGAAGACCGAUCAGCAACGUAUAUUCGUCAGUUAGCUGAAGCGUUAAUGUAUUGUCAUAGUAAACGUGUUAUACAUCGUGAUAUUAAACCAGAGAACCUUCUACUUAGUCUACGAGGGGAUCUAAAAAUAGCUGAUUUUGGUUGGUCAGUUCAUGCUCCUUCAUCCAGACGAACAACAUUAUGUGGAACACUUGAUUAUCUGCCCCCAGAGAUGGUGGAGGGAAAGAUGCACAAUGAGAAAGUGGAUUUAUGGAGUCUGGGUAUUCUAUGCUACGAGUUUCUGGUUGGAAAGCCUCCGUUUGAAGCAGACGGACACACAGAAACAUAUCGUAGAAUUAGCCGUGUGGAGUUUCACUACCCCAGUCACGUAUCUAAACCAGCUCAAGAUCUCAUUAAUAAUUUAUUACGCCAUGAUCCAAUGAAGAGAUUGCCAUUAAGUGAUGUUUUACAACACCCUUGGAUCCUAAAGAACUCAUUACAUCAUACAGGUAAAACACCAGCACCAUCUGUAUCAUGAGAAGAUAACUGUGUGAAUUGUUGAUAUUAAACCACAUCUUGACAUCCAGCUUAAUACUGGUCAGACGAACCCAUAUCAACUUCUCUAUUUAAACAGUUUUCAUUAAUACUAUUAAAUGUACGGAAAUGUUCCUUUGACCCUAUGGUUUCCAACUUUACAUAAAUUGAUUAAUAUUUAAAUUCUUAAGUAAUGAACAUAGUUAAAGAUACAUUAUGGGAGAUUAGAUAAAGACCCAAAGAAAGAUCUCCAAUGGACAGAUUUAGCUCUUGUAUAAUGUAUGUUUAAUAUGAUUAAUACAAUGACAUCAUUAUUAAUGUGACGUCAUGGUGUAUGUUUAAUCUAUCUCCACGCAUAAUUAAUUAGAAAUGUGUACAGGUUGGGGCUACUGUAUAUAAAUUUGAGAUUUUAAUAUUGUGUUUCCUGACCUGAAAUGAAAAACUGCAUGUCAAGCGUGUUCGUAUUAAUCCAGACUGUUAAUCAAGGAUCUCAUUAAAUUAGAGAUCAGUUAAAAUUUUAAGUUCUAAAAUCAAUAUCAGAUACCUGAUAAUAUUUUUAUACUUGAAAGGUGACAUACAUGUAUUUCGAAUCAUAUCAAUCCCACGAUUUCUUGAAUCACAAAAAUUUUAGCAGAAUAAAACCCUUCGUCAUAACUUCCAUAUUUCAGAUUGUUUAUAAGAUAAGAAAUGAAAAUGGUAAUUAAAAGCCCUGUUUGUGACAUCACGACUAUUAACAUUUAGAUAUCAGUCAAAACACUGGUAAUUAUUGGCAAAUAUUAACGUCUUGUCAAUACCGAUGUUGUACCCAAUAAUCGGCUCAUCUUUAUUCAAACUGGAACCCAUCCCACAAUUGUACAUGUAUAUUGUCUGUCCGGUCACAUUUGUUUGUGAACACUCUAGACGUCACAAUUUUUAUUCGAAAUAUAGGUUGAUAUCCCAAAGAUAUUGGUAUGUAUCAGAACGUGACGUUCUGGAUUAUGGCCCCUGUUUGUAAUAAAAAUUAGAUUUUUAGCGUGUUCACAUACUGAAUGGAAUUAUGUAUCAAGAUUACUGGCAUGGACCAAACAAAUUUAUUUUCUAGUUCUUUGGGGUCCUGGUCAAUGCAAAAAAAAACCCUUCUCAAUAACUUGUGCGCCACUAUUGAUUAAAAUUUCAAAACUAAAGUAUUUGAAACCAAAAACAUUUCAGAAUGGCAACCUUUUCCUUAAAAAAAGAAAAAGAAAAAUGAGUCUUUUCUUGAAGAAAUUGAAGGUAGAAUUUUUAAUCCUGAGGAUCAGAAUUUUAAAUUGUGUCUCUAGUGUAAUCAACAGAAAUUCGAAUUAGAUCUACUUUCAUUUUAAGGUCAAAUUGACUGAAAGGUACAUGUGAUUGAAAUGGAAGGCCUGUCGUUGACCUUAAAUAAAAUCAUAUAUAGUUAUACACAGAUUGUGUCAUAUAAUAUGUAAAGAGAUAUUUAAUUUGUAAAUUUUUCAUUUUGUUCAGGGGAAAUAACUCUGAUUUAGUUGCAGGGUUGACAUUAUUUACAAAGUUCAGUGUUUUUUCUAUUCAUAAGAACUAAAGGAAAGACUCUGUUCAUGCAAAGGUCUGUUGAUUCUGUUUCAAUGGAGAAUAGAGUGAUAGAUUAAAUUCGGGGUCUAGAAAUAGAAAUAUUCUGUUUUACCGGCAGUUGUUGAAGAAACAUUUCAUAGAUUGAGUUGUACAAUGCUGGUUUUCUACCCUACGUAAUGUUCCGUGGAAUACCCCUUAUCAAAAUAGAAAACCAAUUAACGUUUUGUUUACCGAGAGACAGGCAAUUCAUAUGAUGUUUCUGAUUGUCUUUAGAUCACCUGUCUUUUUCUUUUAAAUUGUUCUGGUUGAAGUUCUUAUUUCUUGAAUGAAUGUCAGCUGUAUUAAUAAUUAUAUUACUUAUAUUAAAUCUGUAUUAUGUAAGAUUUAGAUAAAGAGCUGACAGUUCUUGCUAUAAUAGUUUAAAGAUACAUUAUGUAAGAUUUAGACAAAGCGCUUGUCGCUCUUUAAUAGUCUUAAAAAUAAAAAUAAAAUCAAAAAACUGAUCAUGAUGAAUGAAUUUAUUGUAAAUUCCUAAACAGGCAUGUAUGAGCUAAAAUCUUCCUAUUACAGGUCUUUAUUUGGACCUUAAUUGUUAUAUAAAUUAUUAAUUAGACAUUAAUUAACUAACCAUGACCAUAAUCAACUCUAUAUCCAUUGCAUUGAUGGGAUAUAAGUAGUUUAAAAUAAUGUGGUUGAUGAGGUUACCGUGAUAAUGGAUAAUCAAGACUUAGUUAUUUAAAGUAACAAUGGUGGUAAUGACAAUCAAGACUAGGCAAUAAUUGUAUCAUCAAUAUUUAGACUCAGGCUGAAGUAAUAUGAUUGAAAUUUUUAGCAUAUUCUCUUUUCAGUAUCUAUUUUGUCAUCUAUUGUGACAAGAACUAUCAGCUCUUUAUCUAAUCUUACCUAUUGCAGCUUUAAAUUACUUUAUUCUAAGUGCUACACACAAGCGAAUUAUUGAAAUAAAUUUGAACCAUGUUAGUCCCGAUAUGAUCUAGUUUGUGUUGAUUGGAUGUCAAACCCCAUUUCUUUCGCUCUCUCUAUUAUUUCUGUGUAAAGUUAUUAAUGUUUAAAGUUUUAGCAAGAUGCAACCUGGAUUGUGUAUUAUCAUAGCAAUGACACUUGACAAUUGAGACUAAAUUAUCGAUAAAGAGUUGGCAGUUCUCACUAUAAUAGUUAAAAACUAGAUAAUGUAAAGGAAAUUUACUGAAAAUUUCAUUCAGAUUGAUCCACUAUAAACCGAGAACUAAGCGAUUAAGAUUUCCGCCUAGCCUCGAUCAUCAUUACUAAAGUCAGUACGAUAAACAGCAUAGUCUCGAUUAUCCAUUUAAGUUAUGCAGUAAAUCGGUUCACAAUCCACUAAAGAUCGCAGGCUAGCGAUGCCAUCUAGAGUUGAUUAUGGUCUGGAUAAGUUAAUUAAUGUCUAAUUAAUAAUUUAGAUAACAUUUCAGGCCUUAAGAAAGACCUGCAAUAGGCAGAAUUAGGUCUUGCAUAAUGUAUGUUUAAUUUUUAAAUCUUGCUGAUGUGCUGGUCCAUUUAAAUCUAAAUGUCUAGAUAAUAAUUUAUACAUGUAAAUCUUGUAUAAGAUUAAAAUCUUGGCUGUCCUGGUCUUGUGAAUAGAUGUCUAAAUAAUAAAUUUAUAUAACAUUUAAAGCCAAAUUAAAGACCUACAAUAGGCAGAUUUAGCUCUAACAUAAUCUAAGAAUGUUCUUGUAAAUAAACUUUAGAGAUGUAUUUUUUCAUCAAGUGCUAUAUGUUUAUAUAAAUAAAAUACAAAAAGAAAAUAUAUAUAUGUUAAGAAUUAUGAUUGUUAAUAAUGUCAUGUAAGAGUGUGAAUUAACUCUGUAACAAUCUGUUUAUAUUUUCUGUAAAGUUUAGUUUCAGUUGUUUGCUGAAUUAAUAUAGCUUCUAUCUACACAUGGGAGUGUUGGGUGACUGAAUGGUAUAAUGCUUACUCGUUAGUUCGUAGGGUAGGGUCAGAUGUCCAACCUCGUAAAUUUUCGCGGGUUUCUUCCUAAUGCUGAAUUGGGUGGUCUAGUGGUUUUAACGCGCGACAAGGAGUAGGGUCAGGGUCAGGGUCGGCUGUGCAACCAUGUGAAUUUUCUCUGGUUUCCUCCUAUUGCUAAAGGCCCCCUACGCGCAAGCAAAUUAUUGAAAUAAAAUUGAACCAUAUGUUAGUCCCUGAAUGAUUUAGUUUGUGUCGAGUGGAUGUUAAACCCCAUUUCUCUCUCUCUCUCUCUCUCUUAAAAUGUUUAUUUAAACCAUGUGUAGAAGACUGUUUCAAUUUUCAGUAGCUAUAUAAUUGUUGAUUUGUAUAUAUUUAUAUAUAAUUAUGUAAAUAAUGUUUAAUAAUUUUGUCCAAGAUUCAUUCUCAUAUAUAUAUAUAUAUAUAUAAACAUUUCAUGAUAACAUUGUAUAACACUGAACAAUGUAUAAUAUUUCAUGAUAACAUUGUAUA